AAGGCGAGCAGGGAUGGUCGCUGCAGAACCUGCAAAGUUAACAUUUCUUUGCAGCUGCAGCAGUGGGCUGCCUCGUCCUCUGAUUAUACUUUUCAGCCAUUAUCAGAAGAAUUCGAAUAUGGAUAGAUCUGAUCAUCGAUCACCGUAUAAAGCACAACACGAGAACACGACCGCUAUUAAUUUCGAUUUCCACCAUCUCGAUUACAGGAGUUUAUUUCACCCGGAAACAACUCUAUAUUCUGCGCCCUCAGUGACGCGAUAUUCUGCGCCCUAUCUUCGUUACACCCUGUCCGUCUCUUACAUCAAUUUCUAAACGCCAACUAACAAGCAUUUACUCGGCGACAACUAACAAGCAUCCAGGUGUGCCGCUGAUCGCCCGCGGCCCGUUUUUCACCGUGGAUGAUAUCAUGAAAAAACAAUCUGCUCAAUUACCGUGUGGUUGGCUUCGUUUCUUCACUUACAUCAAUCAUUAAGCCAGCAGUUUGUUUCUACUCCGAGCUCGUACGUCCUCUCCCUCUUCUACAAGAUCUGAUCAUUAAUAAACACAGGAAACCUGCUGCUACGGUCGUAUUGUCCACCCCCUUUUUGAUGAUGUACAACUAGAAAAGAUGUUGCUUCUCUUGAUCAUGAGGAGGUGGGAGCGGCUCAAGGAGCGGUGUUGUGAAUAUUAGUCCUGCACCUGCGGCCAUCCAUCAGAUUGAAGUCUGGCGCAACGGAAUGAACCACUUCGGAACUGGAGUAACGGCGUAGACCAUCUUUGAAGGAGCAAUAAAUCGGCUCUUCUUCUUGACCAACGGAGCAUCGUGCUCUGCAGCAUCACCCUCAGCUCCAUAGUUUUGCAAGUGAAACUACAGGUGAAGAAAAACCAACGUCGCAAUGGCGUGGUUCGCGUCGCUCGCUUCCCAAACGGCUUUUCAGCUCUUUGGGACGACAGCCGGUAUAACUUCGUGUGCGUGGGCCCCACCCCCGAGUGCGGACGCCAAAACCUCGGGAUACGAGGGCACUGUUUUUGGUCAGCUCCAGUUCGAAAAAUUAUGGGUGAUGCUUCCGAGAGACAGACAAAAAUACCUGCUCAAGGAGUUCUGCAGCGGACCAGGUGAAACAAUGCCGGGCGACACAGACACAGUACCAGGCGCCGCCCAAGGUGCCCCUCCCAAGUCCCUAGUGGACAGACAAAAACGACUUGCCAGCGCAGUCGUCGAAGACUUCUGUAACACGUAUCCCGACGAGAUGGAUGAAGCCGAAGCUACUUCAUGCGCGGAAAAGGUGACGCCCUUUGUUCAAGUCCAUCCCGCAACGAACGAAAUCGACGAGAAGUUGUGGGACUUUUACACAAGUAGCGAGCGCCAGAAAAAUUACAUUCAGCAGUUGUUUACUAAGAUGUAUCGAAACCCCAGUGCGAGAGAAGGCGAUGCCGGUGACCACCCCUUUUGGAUAUCCGCCGAAACCAAGAAAAAACUUCACGCUGGCCUCCAUCUGGACGCAUACUUGACUCAAAAAGAGACCGAAUGGAAAGCGCGCGCCAUUCCGACUUUGAGUGAGGGUUGUUUCGAGAGACGUCUCCGCGAUUGCUUUCAAGGGAAUCUUCAAGAGGGCAGCGUUUUUUUGCGCACCCGCACACCGUACCGCGAAUUAGUUUCAGCACUACAGGAUGAUGAACACGAACACAAUCAUGUGAGCCGGGAGAUGAACUUAUCAGAUCAAUUUUUUUUUCCCUGGAAUCGCCGCCAAAUAUGGCACUGCUUAUGAGUAUAUUUCAAUUGGCAUCCAGUUCAGGGUGGGGAAACACGCAAGCAAAGGUCUUUUGUACUACACGAAUGAAGUGUAUUGAGAUAGCAUGUUGCAGCUUGUUUGUAUGUCUAUGUUUGUUAAAACAAGUCGAAGUCCCUCUCCCUGCCACCUACUUUCUUAAGUAAAUAAUAUUCAACGAAUUUGAAGGAGCAUCAGAAGCACCAUCAUGCUUCUGUUCGUCCUGAGUGGACGAAUGGUUUGUCUUUGUCUCAUUAAGGCUCGUACAGGUUGAAGGUUUAUACAUUUCUCGUCCGGUGGAGCUCCUCAUCUAUAUGUUCUGGUUUUUGCUCUAAUUCAUCUUUGCAACGUCUGUCACCGGCGACUCGCCAGCGCUGUUGCGGCGUGGCUUGCUUUUGACAUAAUUUCGAUUUCCAUUUGUGUACUCUGUCUCGGGAUGAUAGUGAUACACCACGAGAAAUAAAGAUCGCAGCUUUUCCGUGAUCUACUCGCCCGACACCAACAGACAAAGAAAUUGUUUUGUGGGACAGGACAGCUCUGAGGCGUUUGCAUAGACAAAUAUGAGGCGGCGGUCCCUUUGUUUUUGUUUUGCUUUGAUACGAGCAGCUAGCGUACGAAGACGAACUCAAGGGCUAUUAUGUGCGCUUUCUGGACGAGUUUUGGCAAGCAUUCAACCAACUCUCCACCAAAGCUCAGGUGGAUCAGUGGUCUCGGGACAAGACGGAUCUUGAUCUGACUGACCUUCCGCAUGGCAAAGAUCUAGAGGACAAAAUGGUGCGACUGGAGGCUUCGUUCGACACACACUGGAACCAGUUUUGCGCGCUCCACAAAGAGUCCUUUAUCGAAGCAAGAAAGGCAAAUCCAGCCGCCGCGUCACCAUCCUCAGCGCGUUCCUCAUCCUCCUGCGAAAAGGCCAAUCCUCGAUUGGUAGUUUCUGUCGGAACAAGAACUCCGACUACACAUCAACCCGAAGGAGCCCCUCCGGAUAGCUUUCCUGAAUUUCAGUACGUGGAACUUCUGGAAGAAACUAGCGACUGGGUCGCGAGGUUAUGUUGGAAUGCGCAUUUGGGAAAAACUUUUCUUCAUCCUUCAAGUAGUGAGACAUCAUCUGAUCAGGAGCAACAUUGCGAUAUUUAAAAAUUCCUCCUGGAGUGUCAACAUUGUAUGGCAAAAAUACUGGGCGGCCACGGAAAGAAGUACUGUAAGAAAUCGGACGAUAGUUAUAGAACCUAUACGUCUCGCGACAAGUAGUCGGGAUCGGGGUCGGGUCUUCCAGUUAGAGUCGCAGAAAUACAAGCUGCAGGGCAAUCUCUUCAGCCUUCGACAAACAGCAAUAUUUUAUAGUAUGUAGUGAGGUCACGAACGUUCUAUCCUAGCUGUUUUUUUGACAUGUCUUAUCCAAAACGACAGGCAGUUUUCAAGCGGCCGGAGGUGUUUUUUGACAUAGAAACAUUUUAUUUAUCAAGCGGCCGGGGCUUUGUAGCUCGGGCUUUUUUGACAACAAAGCCUUUGUUGUCAAAAAAGCCCGAGCCAAUUCUAUCGAUUCGCGCUUGAUAAAACGACGCAGGGGAGCCGGCAAAAGGGGCGCCCUUCUGAGGCGCCCGCCGCGUCUGUUCCCGUCGAUUUGAGGCGCCCAAAAAGGGACGCCCAAAAAGCAGCACUCCGAAAAAAACAGCGAAUCCGCAUAGUAUGGGCCUCAUUUUGGCCCACAUUCGGGCCCCGCAAAAGACGCCACCAAAGUCCGCCACUUCAGAGGCGGACUUAAGACCAGGAAGCGCGGCACUUUGACAAAAAAAACAAAAAAAAACAAAGUCCGCCGAAAGCAAAAAGCCAAUCCGCAUGCCAUGGGCCCGAUUUGGGGCUCCCAAGGGGCCGACCCCGGCGGCGGCCCGGGCGGGGCCAUAGCAUGCGGGGAUGGUUUUUUCGAUUCGAAGCCAAAUGAUGGCCAGCACUGGAUCGCGAUUUUUAGCGACCGCCGUGCCGUCGUGCAUAACCUUACUCACGAUGGCAUGGUGGGCAGAGGGGCCGCGUUUUUUUUGGCGUGAAGACAAAAAAACUGCCACGACCUCACUACCCCCGCUGAGGCGGCUAUUAUUGGUAGAGAGCUGCGAUCAUUUUGAUUUUCAUUAUAGACCAUUUUACUUGCCGAGGUGCCCCGGCGCCUGAAGACGAAAGCAGACUCCUUGCAUGAGACGCAUGUGUAAAUAAGUUCCCCUACCACGUCGACGAUAUUAGUAUGAGGAAGUGGCUGUACCUCUACCUCCUUCUCCGCUGAAGACAGAGUGACGGUACUUUGUGUGAGGUCCUCUUAUCUGGAGGAGCCUUUAUGUUCGUAAGAGUUGCCUGUGUCCUCGUGCUGGCUUCAAAAUGACACAAGCAAGGGGCGGUGCGUAAUGGUUGCAUGUUGACGUGGAGGAGGUGCAUGCUGAUGGUGUGAUAUAUAGAACACUACAGCAAGGGUCUAGUACUUCCUAAAAAAAUGACGGAUUUGAAGGAGUUCUCCCCAAAUGACAGUAGCAUAAAACUUUCUCAAGUUGGAAAACUGGCCGGCAGCGGAACGACCGACAGCUACGAGCAACUCCGGCAUGGGCCAGGAAGAUGACGUCGACCCGAACAGUGAGGCCCUUGCGCCCGACGUCUUGAGUACGGCGUUGCAAAUCUUUCAAGAGCAAGAUAAUACGCAUUGCACCUGCAAAGACACCGUAGUAUACGUGGCACGGAUUGCGUUGUGGCUGACGACAUGAUCAUCUGAAACUCACGGAAAUUUCGUGAGAACUCUGCCAUAUUAGCGCGAGCUUCUUAUCCUGAGAAGCACAACCGCCCGAGCGGGACCUUUAACUGUAAGUAUUUUUGUUGUUGCUGCAGGACGAGCAGCAGGAGGUGUAGGAGCACCAGAGGCUGCAGACUUGCUGCAUACAACAUUAGUACUUACAUAUCAGAGAAAACAAGGACGAGCUUCUGUGUUGACCACGUGCACGUGGGCCGUAAAAUAAAUGAUCAAAGUGAAAAUUACGAAAAGCAUGCAUAUUAUUUUAUCUUUACUUGUUUGCGCAGCAGCUGUGCGUAACAGUAUACUACGAUGAGGUUAGUUUUCCCUAGGAUAUACCGCACACAGCAAAGCCAGCUACUGGGGGAGCUUCAGCAUGAGCGAAAACUUCAGGUAAGUGAAUUUUAUGCCUCCAACGGAUAUGGAACUGUCAGGAUCGAAAUUGACAAAAUCAAAAAAUUUGUUAUGCAUAAAGAUGUAGGGCACUGAAGGCCUGUAUUGGGGAGCAGGCAAAUGAGGCCGAUUGUAAGCCUGUUUAGGGGUAUGCAGUGUGCUGCCAGAGUAGCAUGACAGGAGCAGUCUUCUUUGCCCAAACAGCAUGACAGACCGGAUGUGGGUGCCCCCGAAAUUUGUCAUGCGCCACUUGGAAACUGAGGCUCCAGCUGGCAUGUAUUUUGUGCAUCACAGACAAGCUUUUCGAUUUUGUUAAUUUCGAUUCUGACACGUCCAUAGUCCCCCCGGUCAAGCUCCUCCCAAGUGGAACAGUCUGGACGACAUGGUUGCCUGGCUUGUUUUUCGAUACACGAGUGAAAACACGACUUCGCCUCGUCCCCGCCUGACGAGGACCUCCAAAGGAACUCGUUUGCUGACUGCGUUUAUUUAUUGACUACGGGUCGGCCUCGGCUCUUCCUCUUGUUACCAUUCUUUCAUUGAUCAUUGACGCCGUUGUAUUGUCGGCGCUGGCACCAGAAUCAAUUUGAAUUUCUGUAGACAUGACAACUACAACAGCGACAAUGUCGCGUUCGAGUUGGUAUUACGAUUAAAACAGUUUGAGUUUCUGAGUCUCUGCAUAUCGACAUUGAGCAAGAACUAAGAAGAUGCGCGAUCUUAUUAGUUUCUUAUUUGAUGGCAACUCUUCCUGUUCCUUCUAGUUCAUAUUUUUGCACAAAUUAUGCAUGAGAAGUUGUUAGAUUCGUGUCAGUGUGUGCAGGUGCAGGUAGAGACGCAGUCAGCCUCUUCCCUUUGCUGGGGUCGUUCUCGCGGAGUAGACGAGGAGAAGUUUGCGUUUCUCGUUCAUAUUCCCCUACUUUUGCCUUUUAACCCGAAAUAUCGCAUGCCUAUGUUUUUGGGUCUCGAAGAAUGAAAGCAGACACUUUAUUCAUGAUCAUGCCGCGGCUACUUUUGCAUCUUUCUACAAGAAGGUCUGGCUCUGGGAUGGACCUGGAGCAUGGCAAAUUAAUUCUGCGGUGGUUUCCCUAUGCGUACUCCUCUGUGCGGGAGAUCGAUGCUCCCUCAUUGAGACAAAGGUCGGGUAUUUUUUGGGGACUUCGCAGCGCAGUUUUUUCUUUUUGCGUUCACACAACUCGCAUCACUACAGUUUUGAUUUUUAUUUCCCGAGGACCCAAUAGACACAUUUGCAAUGCAUAUGGAAAUAGUGCAGGACGCACAGAUGGUACUCCGGGAGUUGGGGAUUAAGACACAAGACGGGCCGCCUUCCAGUUCCAUGCAGAAAAGCAAGAUGAGUGCCAUGUUUGAACAAAAGUACGGAAACCUAAACGGAGGUGGUGCACCCCUGGUGGACACGCAGUCUCCCUGCCGUAUCGCAAUCGAGCGAAUUGUGAAUGAGGACCGGACGCGAUCAUGGGAGGGAUCCUGGAAUGGACCCACGGGCAAGUGGAUCAUGUUGUACGACCUGAUAUCUGCAGUAGACAUGUUACCUACUGCGCUUACAGUUCUUGCCCAAGCGGAAGCAGGUCAAAAGGGCCUCCUCGAGCACGUCCCCCCGGAUUUACCGAUUGCACUUGAACGCGCCAACAUUAACAUCCGCAACUUCCGCUGGGACGAUAUAACUGCUGACCAGGCAUAUGAACUGCUGGAAUAUGCGUACUUCACACCGCUUCGCAGGAAUUUCGGCCACAACACGAUCGAAGACAAUAUAGAAGCGCCCGGUGGUAUGGAAGCGUCCGCCGAUUCGACUCCCGAAGAACCCGUCCAGCCAAAACGCACUUACCAAAGGAAAGCAAAGCCACCCCUUCCCCGUGGACCCCGCAUAGCCAUAGUAGUCUGCUACUAUGGACGAGAUGGCAGUGGUAGCACUUAUCGGCUCAACAACAUUUUCUUUUGUCAACAUCCACAAUUCUGCAUAUAAAUACUUUUUUCAUUUUGUACUCGUCCUCUUGGCGUGGGAAUCAAAGUUUAGAGGUGCUCGCUUGCGCAGCACGGAGACUGAGCAGCGCUCGAGCAGAGUCCUCGCGCCGCCCUCGAAACAUGUAUGUCGAGUUGCGCUGACUUCUACGUCAGAGAGAAGGCCAGCGCUUUCGUUACCUGGGCAUCCUGAUGAAGGGCUAGCAAUGCUGCAGGAGCAGCAGCAAGCACAAGCUGCAGAUACUAUGAGUACUUACGAGCAGCUGCCACCUCCGCGAAGUAGAGAACGCAAGUCCUCCUGUAAAGGAACUGCUGUAGUCCUCUGACUCUAGCUCCUGUUCUAUCUUGCCGCAAGGCAACGCGACCGUUGCGUAUAGGCUCACGACCGAGGAGGAGGAUGUACGUUCAGCAGCAGAUUCUUGUUGUAGGCGUAGGAGGGCCGGACAUCUGAUGUCCGGCCCUCCUAUCAGCAAUAAAAAUGCUCGAAGAUGAACUAGAAGUUGCUGCGACUUCUGAAAAUUAGAAAAAUCAUGAUGAUGACCGAACCGCAGAAAGAAAAUGCUUAAGCAUGGUGUCCUUGUAGUGCUGGCCUACAUCAAGAUGUGGGAUUUCUUUUCCGAAAAAUGCAGCCGACGUGUGCAAUCAUGUAAUAGGUAAUACAUUUAUGACGCGAUGACAUUACUAUUACUAAACGUAAACUACGAGUGAACUUGAAGUCAAAUUCGCCGAACUGAAAUGGACCUACUUGAUGUUUGUUGACAUCAGGAUCCUGAGCAGUCGUGAUAUUACUUAUACUAUUUGUUUUAUGUUAUACAUGGAGCCUACUUACAUUUUUCGCGAGUCUCUCUCUCUGUCACUCGACCGCGUCAGUGUCGGACUGACAGGUGGAAACACCUUUCCUGCUUUGCUGAUGAUGGCACCAGCACGAAUUAUUCCUCGUGGCAUUCGCAGAUCCUCGUCUUUUUUUAUUUGAAAAUACUAGUAUUAAAGUACUCGCGGAACAAAGGGAAAAGGGGUACGGGUGGGGGGACCCGUUUUCCUCCCGAUAUUAACGGGGCUCCGGCGGCUGCAGAUGUUGUUGCAGGUGGAGCAGGUGCGGGAGCAGGAAGACGGGAAGUUCAAGUUGGUGUUGGCGUUGUUGAUGCUGAGAUCGAAAAAUUCGUCGAGAAGUGGCUUACUAAAGCCCAGCAGGAAGCAGCGCAAAAGCUGUCCUCCGCCGAAGAGCAGUACACUUUCCAAUGGGGCUGCUUCUGUGCUCUGUAUUUUCACCAGGCAGAGGACGAAAAAAACAAGUGCCGCCAGAGCCGACAAGACAAAAAUGUCAAAAUGAUGAAGCAGUUUGCAAGGCAGGUCGUCACCGAUAGAAGCGGAUGCGAUAGCGACGCGGCAUGCAGACGAGCGUUCUUGAAUCCUUUGUGGUUCGAGGCGUUUCUGGAUCCGAACGGAUUCUGGAACGGACAGUCGGCACAAGAUGCGACACACUUGGGGGGUGUUCUCCUCGGCGACCUUCUGAAGGUUCCGGUUCCCGCUACAUCUGUAUGGCGCACCUCGCUUGGGUUCGUUCCGACAGAAGAAGCUCUUGUCGAUCCGCCGAAAGAGGCCGAACGGCACAAGGUGCGCCGGUUGUGGUCGUUCAAAGAGCUUGCGACUCGACAGGAGAGAGAGAGGACGUCUCCGAACCUGGACCAGAGGUUUCACCUCUGGAACGACGCCGCGAAGUGGCUCGUGUUGAAGCCUCUCGAUUGGGACGAAGAAGCAGCAAAAACUCCUAUUGUAAGGAAAAGUCCUCCCUUCCCAUAUUAUUUUGAAGAGGGAAAGGGAAAGCCUAAGAUCAUGAUGCUGAUUUCGAUUUGAAGUUGAUUUUGAUUGAGUAGAAGAUGUGUGCACAAUUAUAAAAGUGUAUCUGCUUUUUAUUCGCCUUGCAAGCAGGCAAGCGCAUGUGCAGAGGCUUCUCCGCAUCAUAAUGGAAGCGAUUUCUUUUGCUGCUGGGUCUUCAGCGCGGCCGUUUGCCAUGCGAAGCUAAGCGACUCAAACGCCUCUACCCAGGCUGCGGAUCGACCUGGCCGCAGUCCCAUAUUGCAAGACACUGCGCGCAUCGUCCAGCAUCAGAACCAGAAAGAAAAACUCCGUUUCAGAUAUGGGAAUGGGGGGCUUUUCAUUUUGAUAGCGACAGCAGCAACAGAGGUGAGCGCGGAGCUGUUAGCCGUCAUCCGGCGAGAAAAUGGGCUCAUUCAUGGCGAAUACUUUCCGGGUUCACCCAGGUUUUACACUGUGGAAGACCAGAACAAAGCCGAUAGCUCGUGGAGCCUACUCACCAAGCACCAACAAGGCGAAGUGCAGUUCGUGUGUAACAAGUACACCGAGCAGGGAAAUGAAAUGUGUCGUAGGCCCGACGAAGCGAACCCAUCCGCCCCCCAGAAUGGUCUGGCACUUUUGAUUUAUGAGCGCUUCUGCAGCUUGCACUUCUCGGACCACGUAGAAGUAGGGAAUGGCGACGACGGCGGGGUGCGCAGAGCUACAAACGAAAAUUGUGCCGAAGUCUUUGCCAGGAGCGACGCGGCAAACAAACAGACGUUCACCAAUCGUGUCAAAACCAAGCACUGGGUGCAGGAAUUUUUGCACCCAGAGAAGUACUUGCCCACAGCUGAAGAUGUGCCAGGCGUGGCAGGACUCACCUGGGCAAGUGGUCAGAAGCCCCAGUCGACGUCCGUGAUGGGGGCGAGCAUCAUGUCAUUAGUACUCGGCAUGUCGUCCAGUAGCAACAAUGAGGCGGAAGAAAAAGCGAAGCACGAGGAGAUUCUUGGCAAGUGGGACGAUCUUUCCGAUUCUGGUUUGGACCAGGGGAUUAUCGACGCGGUGAACGCCAUGGAGUUCGAAAACCUGGAUGCCAGGUUUGCGGAAUUCCGCGAGAUGAUCGAGGCCACGCAUUCCAGAUUGUCACAAGCGCAGCAAGAACAAGAAACACCAUUCGGAUUAUCCCCAGAUCCUCUCGCAGCGGGAGGGAGCGCAGCAGGGGCACCACCUCCACCUCCAAGCGUUGUUCGCUUGCAGUUCCCCCUCAAAGUAUCGUGAGAGAAAAGUGUUUCAUCACUGUAGGGAUUUUGCAGGUCGUUUGCUCUACACGGCAGAGAAAAUUUCUCAUGCAAGGUUCCUGAGGGAAAACGCAGCUAAAAAAAAUCCACUGUGUUGCAUGUGUAGCAAGACAAACACUUGCGAGAUACAUUCUCUGCAACUACAUUACAAGAAGUUUACAGUGAAGCAGUUUUUUCUCGCGAUACAAAGAGGAUCUUGACGUCAACCUUGUGGCGGGACCUGAGGGGAUAGCGCAUCCGCCUUGCGAGCGGUAUCGCAACGUGCUGGGGUGGUUUCUUGAUCCAACCCAUUCCGAGUCGACCUUUGCAAUUCAGCAAGCGCUAACGAAAAUCCCAGGGUUGCCGAGAGCCAGUGUUGAUCAAGAGCAAUUAUGGCAGAAUUUUUGUCGCGCGGAACUGGAGCAGAUCCAGAACGUCUUCGAGGAAUUCCAGGGUCCUCGUGUGCGACUGAGCGCAUUGUCUGAUCUUCUAGGAGACCCCUUGCUAGGAAGGAUUCACGCUCUAGAAGAAGAGCUGCGCCGCUUGUCCUCGGUGUCCGGAAAUACCGGAAUUGCAGGCGGCGGCAUGAUGCAGGGAGGUGGUCCUGCAUCUUCAGGAGGAGCGCUUGCUGGGCCACAAGACCAGAGACAGCGCCUUGAGCGUGGUACCCUGGUCACAGUCGGGGAUGUUGUUGAUGGAACACCAAACGGUGUUGGCACUACUUUUCCCAAGGCACCACAACCCGGAGAAGGCCUCCUGUUGUCUCACGGCCGCCACCUCCAAAGCGACAGACUACCGGACGAGCAUAAUGCUGGCGUUCUUGAGUCAACAUCUCCCUGCGGACAACUUUCGACACUGAUCUACUCGAGCGUUCAACGAGGAGAAGAACCCGCGCUGCUGCAAUUCUCUGACGUUUUUCAGCGUUUCUCCGACCUUCCGCUCAUGCUGGCCACCCUCGCGACCGUUACACCAGAGUGGUCGCAGCGAUUCUGCGAAGCCCACUCGGUAUGGCGUUCUCAACUGUUAGUACAUUCUUAGCUGUUCUUACGUGGAUUUGUGAUGCAAGAGUGGCUACAAGGAAAGGUUAACGCUGUACCAACCGGCGCAGAAUAGAAUGUUGACCAAUUGUUGACGAUAUUGGGACGGACAGGGUUUUUUGAAAAGCAGCGCUCCUGUUCGAGAGCACGCGCGGGCAUUGCGGGCGCCAGAGCUCGUUUUGGCAUUGCAAAUUAGGCCCAUCGUUGUGCCCCGCAGCCCACUCCCAUGGUUCCCCGCGAUGGAGUUUCGCCUUGGUGUGGCACCAAAAUAAGCUACGCCCAUACGGCGGCACAGGACUGGAGAGAGAUUUGACUGGCCUGGUGUGGGUUUUGGAAUGAAGAUCGUCAAUUUGGAAUUGCGAUCAGCGAUUUGAAAUGGAGAUCGCCCAUUUGAAAUGCCGAUCAGGCAUUUGAAAUGGCGAUCAUCAAUUUGAAAUCGCGAUCACCAAUUUGAAAUCGCGAUCACCAAUUUGAAAUCGCGAUCAUCAAUUUGAAAUCGCGAUCAUCAAUUUGAAAUCGCGAUCAGUGGGUCUGGGCCAAUUUGGGACGAAGAUCAUGGCCUCCGGCUCAAUUUGAAAUGGAGGUCAGAAAAAGGUCCGAAUUAGGUCAGAAUUAGGUCAGGAAUCCCGUCCCUAUAUUACAUUCUGGAUUUCUGACCUAAUUCGGACCUGUUUAUGACCUGCAUUUGAAAUUGAAAAGCUUGGCGUCAAAAUCUGAAAAGUUGCGUCUUCCCAGAAGCGCUUGCUUUCUCUUCGGGACUCUCUCCGUGCCCGUUCGGUCGGUCUCGAAUUUUGCUUAAUGGGUGCGCGCCUGGCACUGGCGAAAAUUUUCGCUCGGCGGCCCUUCGGGCCGCAAACGUUCUUCCUCUUUACCUUUGCAUUCUACAUCUCCCAGCUUUCUGUGCUGCUACCUGUUGGCCCUUGGAAGCCGCCAGUCGUCGGCCUUUCAUUCCCCUGGGUCGCCCUAUGUAGAUGUGAAAAGGAACGCCCCAGGCAAUGGUGUGGGGGAUGAUGGCCGUACUUUCGCAGCUUUGGUUUUAGGUUCUGCCCAAGCGGUAGAACACGUUCAGAACACGCGCGCUAGCCCUGCCGCCAAGUCCCACACCGCCCCGCCAUGGCUUGGCCAUAUGACCGGUUUGGGGCGCCUAGAAUCAGAAAAAGCUGGCCGUCCCAAAUCCGUCCCAAAUCUGUCACAAUUUAAAUCACAAGCCGCAUGGUAUGACGUUAAGGAAAGGCCGGAUCUUGCAAGUCUUGCAUUACAACAAAUUCAGCACAGAGUCCCAUGCUGUUUGGCCCUCCCAAAAUUUAAAUUUGUCAUGCGAAGUAGCUUUACCAUGUUUACGUUGAUGCCCAUUUUGCAUCACAAAGCCAUGCAACAGUUGAGAAUGUAACAGUUGAGAGCGCCUCCAUACUCGGACCGCAUCUGGUCGGUGUUUACGGAAAUUACCUCGGCCACCGCACCUUCUGGCGACGAGCAGUUCUUACUCGCGAGCGCAAAAAAAAUCGAGGACGCGUUAUUGAGUCUGUGGAACCGCGCUUCUUCCGAGUUAGAACGGUCCACCCACUUGCCUGGAAUGCCGCCCGAAGUGGCAAAGGCCUUCUUUGUUUCAAGCCCUUCUGCCGACGAAACUAUCCAAGAAAAAAACGUUGUAGGUGUAACUUUUUUGGCGGAACAGCAUUACAAAUUUGUCUGGCAUGACAGCGGGGGAAACCUGUCAUGCGCAGACAGUACGUGGAAACGCCCUGGUUUAAUGGACCCUAGGAUACAUGCCAAGCAUGACAGACGCAAUCAUCUUGCAUGUUGCGCAUCACAAAUUUACACGAACAGCGUUUUUUUCUUGGAUAGAAACGAUGGACGUCGUAUUGUCCGUGGCAGAUUUUCAUGGAGACCUGAUUAUCCCAGAGAAAAAAGCAGGCGGGGCAUAAAUUUUUCUUCAAAACUACUUAAUUACAUGAACAAAAAUUGAAAACUGUCAUGGGCGAGCCCAUAGCAUUCUGUUUGGGAGAUGCAAUGCAGCUUGUGUACUUAUUUUUGCAUUACAGGAAAUUGUAUGCCCUACCUAACUUUUUCUGUUGGAUACUGACGGCCGCGCGCGAAGCCCUCGUGCUCGCGGGCGUGCUGGAAGCUGCGAGCGGCGUCACGUGGAUCGGUGGCUAUGCAUUGCAAAUAUCGAUCUGGGUUUGGAAACUUGUGUUGCUGAAGUCGACAUCGCAGAUGAGUAGCCAGUUGUACAGCAACAUCAUAACAGCAUGACAAGUUUUUACUAGUAGACGAGGCCAACUUUUUCUACAGAUUCCUUGAGAAAUUAUGAACCAUACAUAAUCAUAACACGCAUGACAAACUCCCAUGCACUCAAAAGCACGGGGGCAUCAAAACAUAAGCGGGUUACUUGUAGUCUACGUCUACCAGAUCUUGGUCUUGCUGUCGUUGAAAUCUCACACGACAAAUCCAGUGACCCAGAUCUUCCAUGCUUGCAAUGCAUAUGGGCCGUCGAACGCUGAUUUGCACGGGCGACAUCGUUGAUCGUGGACCGGAUGGACGGGAAAUCUACGACCUGAUUUUCGAUUUGCAGGAGAAAGCGGAAUAUCCUGUGCAAAAGUAUCGUAUUCGUAUAAAUGCACGUCUUGCAUUACAAAUCUUUGUCUUAAGGCAGACGCAGAUCUGCAUUACAAAUUUUCUUUCUCGUGCUGAGGAAAUUUGUAAAUGCAUUUAUACGAGUACGAUACUUUUGCAAUUCAUAGGGAACGGGUUGGCGGGAAGGUCAUUUUUCUGUUGGGAAACCACGAGAUGUUCCGGCUGCGGUACUUGGAGAUGACGCCCGGGUUUGUAUUGUGAGGAAAAAUCCGCCCUCCCCAUACCGAAAAAAUUUUGUGAUGCUGUAUUUGCAUUUAUACAGCACAAAUGUAUUGCUAGAAGGCCAAGAGAAAUAAAGCUUGCAGGUAAUCUGUCAUGCUGUUUUCCGCUUCCAGUUGCGUCGUGUCAUGCUGAAGCCGCAAGGCUUUCCAACGACCCAAGCCAGUACUACUGUAGUACUGUUCGUAUCGAUCUCUUCCCUUUUAAGUAGCAUGACAACGUGAACAAGACUCGUGAUCACAAAUCACGCUACACAAAUCCCCGUUUUGAUAUGGGGACGAGGGGGGCCUUGUCAUUUUGAUACGUCGGUCACCCUGUAGGCCAGUACUUGUCCGAGGCAGUCACCAAGGAUAUCGUAUUUAAAAACGUCCCCACCCCAUAGUUGUCAUGCACAUCUGCAUGCUGAACAUGUUUCUCAUGUGGAGCCCCAUGAGGAGCGAUUUCUAGUCGUUUUUUGCAAUUUGUCAUGCUCCAAUCAGCAUGAUGUACUAGAUUUGUGAUGCUGCUGAGCUAGCUCAAACAGCACUACGCUACGAGUCCAAAUUUGUCAUGCAAUACAGCCAAAGCUUGUGGAUUUGUCUAGCCGAUUUCCCAUCUUGACUAUGCCGUGGCGGGGACGUUUUUGCAUACGAUAAAGGAGCCCGAAUCUUCAUGGGCCACAAGCAGACCACCUUCGUCGGUCCAAUCAAUAUCAGCUGAGAACGCGAACCCGGACCCUUUUACAGGGUCCUGGGCUCCUCGGGCGGACUACGGAGAGGCCUGGGGACCGGGCGGCUGGCUUUUUGAAAAACUCCGGACGCGCGCGGACAGCAUGGUGGUGGUGGGGCGCACGCUGUACAUGCAUGCGAGCAUCAGCAAUGCUGUGAUGGAUCAUGUGCUUCGAGUCGCGGUCGAGAGCCAGGCUCGGACAAUGCGCGGGACUGUUGUCAACAGUGCGAGCGUUGCCGAGAUCGAGAACGAGAUCAUGCAAAACCCGAAAUUUCGCGACGACGUUUUACGCGCAGUGCACGAGGACCUUUUUUCGCUCGUGGAGACAAGCACGAGCCAGGACCUCGAUGGCCUCGAUGUGAUGGACGGGGACCCCGCCCUCGAGGUAUGGAGGCGUCAGGAUCGAAAUCAACGCACUCGAAAUAAUUUGCGACGCAUAUUAAAACCGAUACCAGCUCGGUUUUCUAUUGGCGCAUGACAAAUUUCAGGAGCACCAAAAUCCAGCCUGUCGUGCUGUUUGGGCAAAGAAGACUGCUCCUGUCAUGCUACUCCAACUCCGGCAGCGGAGCGCGUUGCAUACCCUUAAGCGGGCUCAAGAACGCAAUCGGUCUCAUUUGCCUGCUCCCCAAUACAGGCCUUGCGUGCCCUACAUUCUAUGCGUCGCAAACUUUUUCGAUUUUGUCGAUUUCGAUCCUGGCACCCCCAUACCUUGGCAAAGCAGUCUAUUAUCAGAACCCCAAUCUGCGGACGCCGUCCCCUUUUUGGGGCCGCAGCACUCAUGGGCUCCCGGGAGAGCAGCCGCCCGACUGUAGUGAAGUCGAUGCUGCUAUCCACAGAAAAAAAACCCAUCCACAUCCAUUUAUUGCAUGACAAACACAGAACUUUAUGUAUGUUUUGCAUGACAAAUUGGAUGUGGAUGGGUGUUUUUUCCUGGAUAGCUGCUCUGCAGUUUUUCGGGGUGGACCGCAUCGUGAACGGACACAGUAUUCAGCCGCAAGGCAAGGCGGAGCUGCGGUGCGAGGGCAAGAUCAUUCUAGCCGACAUUGCCAUGUCCACGGCGUACCAAAAUCCCUACUCGGGUGGUGCCAACCCGCAGGCAAACGUGGCGGUGGUGGCCGUCGCCUGGCCUCGCGACCAACCGGCAAGUGGUAACACGGUGGUGCGGGCGGCUUACUUCAGCCGCAAGACCGGGCUCACGGAAGUGGUGAAGCAGCAGGUGGGAACCGAUUUGUGGGAGCUGAUUCAAAAGGUGGGGCUGUCUAGGACCACCUCGCCAGCCACGGCUUCUGGGGCUGGUGCUUUUACCGGCAGCACUGUUACGGAGCAAAUGCAAAAUAUAAAUGCCCCAGAUGGGGGCUUUCUACUCAGCCAUGGUCUUGAUACAGCAACAUCUCAUCUCGGCGGUGGUGAUUUGGAUCCGCAUACUGGACUACAAGCAGUAGCGGGUGGAAGCAUGAUUCCGCAUGCUCUUCCUGCCGUCGGCUGGGGAGGACUACAAGGGGGCGAGUAUGGUCUCCAACCACCUGCUCCAGCCUUACCUGCUCAACAUGAACAUGAUCUUGAUGCAGGAGGGCUACAACAUCUUCACGCACAGGAUCCAGCAUUUCUUGCCGCGGCGCAAGGUACAAGUUCUUCUUUUCCUGCCAGUCUGGGGCCGCACGAUGCAGGUGGAGGAGGGGCUGUAUGGAUUGCAAAUGUGUCUGGGUCUGGAAGGAUGUAACUUGUGAUGUUGCGUCUGCAUACUACAAAUACUACAAAAAUCUGUAUAAUUGCAUGGACAGUAAAAGAGGUGGUGGUGCAGUUUUUGCCACGGCGCGAGGGCAUUUCUCAUGCGAUAAAGGCAUCACUCAGGAAGCCCUCGCAAAAUCUGUGAUGCUAGUCCAUGCAUCACUGACGUUAGGAGAAGUCAUGCAAAACGUGCAUGACAAACCUUGCAUCCUUCCCGACCCAGACACGAUCUUUGCACUGGAUAGAUCGCGCCUCUUGAUGCUGUCGGGGGUACUGCUACUGGUGGACCACUUCUACAAGAAGGGCCGUUGCCUCGCCCGCGCAGUGGUGGAGUCCCCUUCGGGAACCCUGCGGGCGCGGCCGCGGGCCCUCCUCCUCCUCACGCUGUUGCAAACGCGGGUCGUCCGGUGGUUGAGGAGGUCGACCCGGCGACGCUGGUGGGCUCAGAAGCGACAAACCUGCACAAGUGGCAGCGGAGCGCUUUGCACGCGAAAGUGCAGAAGCUGUUGCACGGGCGCGAGAACGUCGCGGUCGUGAACCCCGAGACCGGGCUAUCCAAGAAAAAAACAUUGUAGGUCUAACUUUUUUGAAGGAAUAGCAUUACAAAUUUGUCUGGCAUGACAGCAAAAACCUGUCAUGCGCAGAUAGUACGACGUGAAAACGCCCUUUAAUGGGCCUUACGAUGCAUGCCAUGCAUGAAACACGAAAUCAUCUUGAGUGUUGCGCAUCACAAAUUUACACUAACAACGUUUUUUUUCUUGGAUACAGGCAGGAGCUUCUCGGUCAAGACGAACCGCAUGCGGUUCUGGCUCCGGGGAAGCAGCCGGUUUGGGUUCCCAUGAUCAUUGGCGAAGUGCUAUCCUGAGUAAAAAGAACUUUUAGUUCUACGUACACUACGUAGUGCCCAUCUUCACCCCGUAGAAGUCAAGAAGAUAAUUAUCCAGAAAAAAACACCCAUCCCCAUCCAUUUUGCUAUUUUUUCAACAAAAAAAAACCGGCUUUUUUUCAAAAAAUUUUCAGGGUUGUCACCAAUCGGCAUCGGAAGCAAUCACUUUAAUGGUGACAUAGCUAAAGUGGCGUCAUAGCUAGGAACUUUUGACAUGAAUGAAAUUUGCUAGGUCCAUCACAGGUCAUCGCAGCAGGCGACGACUUCCAGAUCCUGCAAAAGCCUCUUUUCGCCGCCGCACAUCGACUCUGGCCCCAUCGCUUGGCCCAUUUUGCAGUGGCCAUAUCGCCAUGCCGCCGCGUCGCCACAUGGGAUGAAAGCGACGGACCUGGGAUGGAUUUUGACACGUGCUGUCCUUUCGGUUCGAGUGGAUAAUACAAAUUCAGGACGGGAAGACUUUUGCUGUUCGGCAAGGCUGCCGUAGGAAAAACUUUUUGAUUUUGUUUUUUUUCCAAAAAAAUUUCGUUUUUGAAAUUGACCUUGUUUUUGAUGGAUGAUGUUUUUUCGCACGACGGUACCACAAAUAUUGGAUCGACCCAUCCAGUCCAUUUUCUUCUAGAAAUGGCUGGAUGGGUCGAAGCAAUAUUUGUGGCACCGUCGUGCGAAAAAACAUCAUCCACAAAUUCUAGUGUCAUUUUGAAAAUUGCAAGAAUUCCUACUUUUUUGUGGAUGAUGUUUUUUCGCACGACGGUACCACAAAUAUUGCCUCGACCCAUCCAGCCACUUCUACAAGAAAAUGGACUGGAUGGGUCGAUCCAAUAUUUGUGGUGCCGUCGUGCGAAAAAACAUCAUCCAUCAAAAAAGUGAGCAUUUUCAAAAGCGUGACAUUUUUUUGCGAAAAAAAAAAUCGUUUUUUUUUCGUGAGCUGGAACGCAAGAUCUGCUCUGCAACUAUCGAUGAUAAUUGCGCAGCUGGUGCUGCUCCCGCUAAUUUCAAUGGUGCAGCCGCGGCGUUCUUGGCGAGUUCUCCGCUACCUCUGGGUAUCUGUGCGUGACUGCGCCAAAAGUUCAAAACCUCCAUGGGACCAGAGGUGCCCAACGACGAGAACUGGCUUCGGCGAGUUGUAUUUCUCGGUCGUGGUUCGGAUCUCGGUUUCAGCUAGCCACCUUAAAAUCACAUAGCGAAAGUAUGUGCAGCCACUGACGCCACUAGCUAGCUCCAUCAGUUAGCACUUCUCGCAAAUGCCAUGCAAAAAAUAUUUCGGAUUUUUUUCUUUUUUUAUUUAUUUUUCAUGAUUUUUUUGCAUUAAAAAAAUGGCAAAAUGGAUGGGGAUGGGUGUUUUUUUCUGAAUGUUUUUUUUGGGGAUUUGUAGUUCAUUCGCAAGACCACUCUUGAAGAGCGGGGUCUACUACUUCACGAGUCGUGAAAACAACAAGCAUCUGGCUUUUCUUGUCAUGCUUAAGUACGUUGUACAACCAGGUAGCGCCGCCCUCGUGGCCGCCGCGGCUACAACAACAUCUUCUAGUGAGUACUCGAGGUGGCCGUUUGUUUAUGUAUUCCUGCUUAGAGGAGGAGCGCCAUGAAAGGUUCUUGCUCCACCCAACAUACACAGCUACGCAUCAACGCCCUUAUUUAUGCAAAAAUUUUGCAACAUCAGGGAGGACGAGGAGUGACUGACGACCUCCGGCCCUACUUGCCAGAAGAACAAGAGCAAGAAUUGCAUGACAUAAAUCUGGUGGGAUGGGUACUACUACUGGUACGUUGAGUUUUUGCACAGGAUACCCAGAUCCCGAGGAAUACGACCAGCUCGAGGCAAACCAGGAGCACGACAAGCUCCAUGGCCUUGCUUUUCUCCCGGAUCCGCGUUUAUGCAUUGCAAAAGUGAAAAUAUCGCAGUACUGAUUCGGAGCUUUAUGUAUCAACAACCGCAUGACAUCAAAUAACUUGCGCAGCAUGAAGAUUAAUAAAAGUGAAAUACUUUGUAAUUCUUUCUGCCUAAGAAACAAGACUUGUCAUUCAGAUUGAGAGCGCGAUAGCGAUACUCACUUUUCUUGCAGAGGAUAGCGUUAUGAAGGCCACUACAAUUCCGACGAGCAAGAACAUCAACAAGACCAGCUGCAAGACGGGGAGCAGUAUCAGCUGUAAAAAUGUCUGGGUCUGGAAGAAUCCAACUUGUCAUGCUGAUUUUGGAUUCUAAAAAAAUCUGUAUUGCAUGAGCAGCAAAGACAAAGAGAGUCCAAAUUUUGCAGCACGGAAAGAGCAUUUGUCAUGCGGAAUGGGCAUGAGGAAGCCCUCUAAAAAUCUGUGAUGCUAGGGCAUGCAUCACAGACUUGAGGAGUCAUGCAAAAUAUGCAUGACAAGCCUGGCAAUCUUCCAGACCCAGACACUUUCACAGUUGAUAACCAGCUGCAGCGGCCGGAACACGACCAGGACGUUGAGCCUGCUCCUCUCCGCACAGUGGUAAACACAUGGAAGGUAUCAGAUGUAAAAAUGUCUGGGCCUGGAAGAUUCUAAACUUGUAAUGCUGUCUGUGGAUUCUAAAAAAAUUUGUAUUGCAUGACCAGCAAAAGGACUCCAGUUUGUGCUACGUGGAGAGGGCGUUUCUCAUGCGGUAGAGGCAUCAAAAAGUGCUCUAAAAAUCUGUGAUGCCAGCUAGGUCAUGCAUCACAGACGUCAUGGGUCAUUCAAAAUAUGCAUGACAAACGUGGCAAUCUUCCAGACCCAGACACUUUUACAUUUGAUAGUAGGCCUUCGAUGUGAAUUCUCCCGCCACGCCGCCGCUGUUCAGUGGGUGGGAAGUGUUCAUGCUGGACGGGGUUCACCAUGCAGAUCUAUGCAAUGCAGAAGCAUCGUACUAGUAUAAAUUGCAUUACAAAUUAGCCCAGCAUUACAAAGUAAACUUGUAAUGCUGAUUUCCCUUGAGAAAAAGAUUUGUCAUGCACAAAUGCAAUUACUACGAGUACGAUACUUUUGCGCUGCAUAAGAUCCGAAGCUUGGCCAUCUGCGGCUCAUCAUCAUUGACAAAACGGUGCGGGUAUCAAAUGCAAGAAUGUCUGGGUCUGGAAAAGUGGAACUUGUGAUGCGUGUCUUGCAUUCCCGGAAAAUCUGUGUUGCAUGAGCAGCAAAAGAGAAGGAUUCUUUGUCAUGCAAAAACGCAAUUUGUGAUGCGUGCUAGGCAUCAGAAGGCGUCUCAAAAAAUUAUCAUGCUUGGCUGCCAUUGCAAGCGCUUCAAUCAUGCUCAAUUCAGCAUCACAGGUUUCCAGACCCAGACAAAAUUGCACUUGAUAUCGGGACAUGAAACGGUUCAAAAAUAAAAACUGGCACAUCCAGGACCUCCAAGCCUUCCCGAACGAUGUCUCCUCGCUGGUACGCAAAACAAACUUUCUGUUUCUUUACCGGACACGUACGAAAUGUAAAAAAUUGGCCUAAUAUCAGUGAAUGCAUCGCACAGUAUUCAUCAAAAUUAAACUCAAUAACUUGAACUACCGCCGCAGGAUAUUUUCGUUGAACAAGCUGUGAAGACACAACAUCACCCGAGUUCUUUGUCAUGCUCUCUUGCUUCGAGAGAAGUAAAAAAUAAAAACCGAACUUCAAAUAAGACGGUACUUAGUCAGGAAGAUGAUGCACCCUGGCAUCAUUCAACGAACAGCUUUUAUCGUACGUGUAUGGAAAUGAAAACUUGUUUACUACUUUGGAUAUCUCGCUAUGUGGGUGAACGGGUACGCGCUUUUUCAACGUCCCGACUAUCAACUGUAAAAAUGUCUGGGUCUGGAAGAAUCCAACUUGUCAUGCUGAUUUUGGAUUCUAAAAAUCUCUGUAUUGCAUGAGCAGCACCAAAGAGAGCCCAAGUUUUGCUACACGGAAAGAGCAUUGGUCAUGCGGUAUAGGCAUCAGGAAGCCCUCACAAAAUCUGUGACGCUAGGGCAGGCAUCACAGACAUCAGACGUCACGCAAAAUGUGCAUGACAAACCUGGCAAUCUUCCAGACCGCCCAGACACUUUUACACUUGAUACCGACCAACACGCUUUGGUUAUGGAUGGUUUCGGCAUUUGGGACCGGUAAGAGGAAAAAGAAAAACCCGACAAAAGGGGUCGGGAAGUAGAAGAGCAUGAUAUUAUUUCUCUCAACAUUUUGACUUUUUUCUUUUUUUGUUUUUUCAAAUUCAAGCUAGGCUCGUAGCAAGAAUUUCUAGGUAAACUCAGUCUGUACAAGAAUUUUUAAGAUUUUUCAUUCACGCAUAAUUUUCUUACUCGUCAUUUCUCUGUUUCCCAUUUUUUUGCAGCUACUGUAUCCCUGUAUUCCAAGAACGAAAGAGCGUGUUGCUGCGCCCGACGAGGACUGAGAGAUGCUGUUAAAGGUCGCGUGAUCCACUCGGCGAUUUAUAGCUCCCGAUCACCCCCCUCGUGGACGACAGUUGUUUUUCAUAAUUGCACCCCUAUCAAUCUCUAGCGCGAAUAAAAACAAAAAGCUGCUUUUAAUAUUUAUUUUUUUGCAGUCGGUCAGCUCUUACAUUUCCUCAUUUGUUUAAUCAUUUUUUUUUCUUCAUUUUUUUUCCCCAUCUUUUUUCAAUUUUGUUUUUCCGGUACAUUACAACACACGAGUGCCUUUUUUUUUCGAUGUUGGCUCAUUAUACUAUACUUUCGCUCAUCGUUCACUUUCACAUUACUGCUCUACGACUUACCACAGAAACCAACACCAAGGGCUUUACAACUCAAGCUAAAUUUAACCAUCAAGAGGAAAAAUCAGAAAAAACGAUCUCCUCGCUCGAAGAAGAAGACUCGUCUACCAGAUGAAAUAAGUACAUCAUGGAAAGCGAAACGAACCACCUAUCAUCUAAAGUAGGAGACAACAACAGGAGCUCUAUCCAAGAACCGUAGAUGAAUUCCAUUUAGCAUAUGCAUAGAUCUGCAUCCAUAAUAAACGUGUUUGUGUUUCACCGUAAUUUUACAAUAAAGCCACACCGACACCCUAUUUUUCAUCGAACAAGGAGUCAAUAGUUUUCCUUUUGUUCCAUCUCCGAGAGAAAGGAUGAGGUCAUGCCCCACCG